UGGUAGCAAAGAAUGAAGAUUGCAGAAAUAAGCCAAUUAGUGCUGAACACUACAAUCUACAUAAUGCAUCGAUGUAUGCAUUCAAAGAUAUGUAGAUCUCAAUAAAACCCUUUUGUUUUGUUAAGAAAAGGAAUAAGUAGUUUCUUUGGUGUCUGGUAUGGGUUAAAAACAGUCAUUGAAUCAUUUUUAUGUGUUGAUUUCUAUAACCUUAAGGAAAUGUGAAAGUGGUUUCUUCUGUUUCUGGUAUGAGUCAAAAUUGGUCAUGAAAUUACUUUUGUCAUAAUUGUUAUAUACCAUACGGUCAUCAUAUAAAUAAAUACCUGCCAGUAUUAUGACAAUUUGUUUUUUUCAUCCUCAAUCGUAGGGUAAUGAAGGCAAAUGUAGGGUAAUUUCAGUACGUGUGUGGGGCGGAGACGUCUGUAGAGGUUGGCAACACUGCCACUCGCCAGUCCAGCAGCCAUCAUUCAAAGCUCAAGACAAGGACCCACGUGGGCUGUGCCUCCUUCAUUUCUGCUAUCCAACAUCAGAACAGUAUAUGAAUAUGGCAAAUGCUGUUUUGACAUCAUUUUCUGCCAUCCUGAGAAACAGUGAUCUCGAGGAGCAUGAAUUGCAGCUGCAAUGGAAAUUGUGCAUCCAGCACAAGUUUCAGAAUUCAAGGAAGAGGCAGGAUUCCUCAGUGACUGAGGUGACAUCAAGGAAAAGGAAGAUCCCUUGCAUAGCACCAAAAGAGACUACGUGUCCACUGAUGUAUGGAGUAAAGACUUACCUUCCACCAAGGCCCCAUUCAGAAGAUGAUGAGUCAUUAGAGAGACAUAGACAGUGGCUUGCUCUACAUUGGAUGAAGAAAGAUCCCGAGUUAGAUAAGGCUGAACGCUUCAUGCAGUUGACACUCUCUGAGAGACGCAAAAAAAUAAUCAAUGGGAACAUUCUUGUAGCAGAAAUCCUGAACUUGUACCCGUGGAUUCAGACUUUUGAUGGUAUAAUCAAGGAGUUCCUGAGAUUAGAACCACAUGCAGAUAAACCAGACCCAAGAGUAGCAGUUUUGAAAGGGCUGGAGAAAUAUAGGCUCCCAAUAAUUGCCAUUCUCAAAAAAAGAAAAGUAGUUCCUCUGUAUAUGGAAACCUUACUUGAACUCCACGACCAUGAUGAAAGUCAAUAUGCUUGCUUAGUUAUAUUGGGGUUACUUUACCUGCUUGGAGAAAGGAAAGACUCCAUUUUUACUAAGGUACCAGAAGAAGAACUAAGAACAGGGCAGUCUAGUGUGUCCAUUCAACAUGUUGGGGACAUACAUGUCAGACAGAUUUUGUGUAUUAUUUGAUGGUGCACCUGUAGCUGAACCAACAUGUAUUUCUAUGGCUGUAGUCUCAUUGGUAGCAGGGCUUUAUGUGUUUAAUAUUGAACACCCAAAAAAUUGUGAACAUUUCCUCCAUUUCACAACAUCCCAUCUCUUAGGUAUCAAGUAUGACAAAGGUAACACUUCAAAAACAAGAUCUCUACUUGUAAAACUCAAUGAAGUAAAGACAGAAUUGAGCUACAAAAAUGCAUAAAUCUGCUUCCAGAUAUAUUAAACUCCACACAUAAUGCCUCUCUCUCUCUCUCUCUCUCUCUCUCUCUCUCUCUCUCUCUCUCUCUCUCUCUCUCUCUCUCUCUCUCUCUCUCUCUCUCUCUCUCUCUCUCUCUCUCUCUCUCUCUCUCUCUCUCUCUCUCUCUCUCUCUCCAAAUUGGGUAGUAUUCUUCAUGUACCAUAUGAUGCAUAUAUUUUUAUUUUUUUUAUGCAUUUUUUACCUUUUCUUUAUUUUAUUUCUAUGUUAUUGCAACUGAUAUGUGAAGCUUCUUUAUUACUGUUCUGAGCAUUUCUGUAGAUUUCUUUAGUUAGUAUAUCCCAUAGAAAUACUCAUUUUCUUUUUUUGUGUGGCUUUAAAGGAUUAAUAUUGACAUAUGGACAUGAUCUGGGUUAAAAGCUUGUACAAAUAAGGUUAAAUGUCUAUUUUUGCACUGGUUGUUUCCCUAAGUUUCUUAAAAGUAGUGUGAUAUAAUGAUUAGCAGCGGACUAAUUAAUUAUUCUUUACAGGUCUGUAACUCCUUACAUUUCCUUUAUGUUAGCUUUACUUACAUAUUUUUUCCUUUAGUUUAUGAAUGGGAGGAAGGUUUAAUAUUCAUAUCUUAAGAGAUGCUUACUUUCUUUUCCACAUUGCAAGUUUUAGUGAUUAAUACUCACAAAUGUGUAUUAUUUACUUAAUGGCUUGUCAAAACAGGUUGUUUUUGUGUUGUUGUUUUUUUUUUCUCAUACUAGGAUGAAGUAUUACUAAUGGAGUUUAUUUUUUACAUCUGUUUUAUAUAUCAUUACAGUUUUGAGGGGAGCUUUCUGUUAAAUGUUCAAGUGAAAAGCAUAUUAUACUAUAGAUGAUAAAAAUUAGUGUUUUUUUUAUUUAUUUUUUUAAUGCAAUG